UGUUGCAGACUGUACGGUUCAAAACGGUGCGCGCGAUGCAACACCCCGAUAUCAGCAUCAGAAAUGGUGAUGAGGGCACGUGACCUCGUGUUCCACGUCCACUGCUUCUCUUGUGCACUGUGUAACACGCCUCUCACUAAAGGAGACACUUUCGGCAUUAGAGAUUCAGCUGUUUACUGCAGGCUGCAUUAUGAGACUAUGCCGGAGUAUGGACCCCAUAUGGCAGUACCAGGGCCUCCGCAGAUGUGUCCAGGACCGUACGCGGGGCCGCCGCCGGGGCCCCACUACCCUCCCUAUCCCUCACCCGAGUUCUCCAGAGUAGAAGCCGACGUUCCUAAAGGGCCCUUCUUCAACGGAGCUACGGCACCCCCUCCUCGGCAAAAAGGACGACCCCGGAAAAAGAAACCCAAGGACCAGGAGAUUAUGACGGCGAACCUCGAUUUGAACUCGGAAUACAUGGAGAUGGGCUUCCGGGGAGCGGGGGGCAUCGGCGGCACCUCGCGCACCAAACGUAUGCGCACCAGCUUCAAGCAUCACCAGCUGCGCACUAUGAAGUCCUACUUCGCCAUCAACCACAAUCCUGACGCGAAGGACCUGAAACAGCUCAGCCAGAAAACUGGAUUGCCUAAACGAGUUUUGCAGGUAUGGUUCCAGAAUGCGCGGGCCAAGUGGCGACGCAUGGUGACCAAACAGGAAAACAAAAUGGCGGAGAAAUGUUCUCCGGACGCCUCGCUCGAGCUCGACAUGUACCACGGGCCCAUGGGCUCUAUCCAAUCGCUGCCGCCCCACAGUCCUCCAUACUCGGUGAUGGGCGGCCCGCCCAGCCCGAAUUCGAUGGACUGCCCAUAGCCACAAUUUUGCGCCCUAUGAGCGCUCUGAAGUUGAACUUUUGUGGCAUUCAAGUGUGUUUUGAAAAAAGACCGUUAAAAACAAAUGUGACAGAGAUUGCGUAUUGAACGUGUGGUGGAGAUUGUGGACAUGUGGCUAGAACGUGGAUGGACACCCGUUUCUCUGAUACUAUAAAUAAUAGAUCUGGUGGUCGAAUCUCAAAGGUUGUAAAAUAUAUCACGUAACAUUAAUUAUCGUAUACACUAUAAUAUAUAUUGCUGUAAGGCAAUCAUGCCGCGAUUAUCGGUGUAAGAACAAUUGCAUAAAGUUGUAAUAUAAUUUUGUAGUACUUUAUCGAGUCUAAUAUUAUGUUAGAAUUAUUCCUGUAUAUCUUGGUUCUACGAACCGUAAUAUGAAGAACUUUUUUUUUACUAAUAUAUUUCUAUUUAUUUAUUGAACUCUAAUAAUUUAAUUUAGCGUAAGUUUAGCUGUAAGCGCCGUUAGGUAGGUAAAUGUGAAAAUUUUCCAUAGAUUAAAAAUCUUAGGUAUAAAUUGUAGAUUCUUAGGAGGCAAAAAAAUAUGUAAAAUAAAAUAGGCCGGCAAAGAAGUGAAUGUAAUCAACAGUUUGAAUAUAAAAAAAAAACAAACAAUUCUGUUCUCAUUAUUAAUGUUUUUAUUAAUAAAUUAAACUUUUAAGUAGUUUUAAGUAUUACCUAAGUAUAAAUCCGGUUAAGUACACAAUAUUAGUUCCUCUUGUAUAGAUUAUAAAUUAAAUUACCUAGUAAGUGAUUUACAUUAAAUUUUGAAUGGGGAGACUUUAGUGUCAUUACUGCAUCAUGUAAUAUUAUACGAAUUAUUAUUCGUCAUAGAAUUAUAUUUGCUUCUAAUAAGAAAUCUCAUAGAAAAUGUUUCAAAUUAAAUGUAAACAGCGGCAUGUCAGGUUAUACAAAUCUGUCAAAUUGCUCCACUUGAUUUUAAACCUUAAUGUUUUGUGAGUAGAAUUCAAAGCCGACUGGAGAAAUUUGUCAUAUUGUGGUAACCGUGUGUACAUAACGAAAAAAAUUAACAUCUGGUUAAAUAAAUAACGAUUACUACUUUACUCGC